AUGGCAAUAACUUCAUUUGAAAGAUUUAAUAAUAAAAAUAUUACGCAAUCCUCGUGUUCAAAAUCUUCUCAUUUGAGUUCCAGUAAGUUAGCCAAAUGUAGUUGUGGUGCUGAUGGAAACAUAAGCAGCAACAGUGACUAUGAUUCGAAGGGAAGUAGAAAUGUUUCGCCUUAUCUUAAUGGAGAUAGGAUUAACUUGCUUUCUCGAGUGACUGAGAAAAAAUUUAUGCAUAAAAGAACUACUGAUUUUAUGUCGUCUUUUCCGUUAGCUGUGAAUAUAUAUAAAGCAAAUUCGGACCAAUUAAGAUCGUCAAAACGACGAAGAAACAAAGCGAAAAAAUCUGUUUUGACUCUUCCCAAUGAACAAGCUCCAUUACCACAAGCAUGUACUGUUAGUGAUCUAAAUGAUUCAGAAUUUUUCAACGACAACAAAGAUGAAGCAAUAUCUAAGCCUAAAAAGCGGCGAUCAAUCAAAAAUAGAAUACCUGUUAACAGUAGAGAAUUAAAAGUUUUUGAUAGAGACUCCAAGUACUGCUCGCAACUUAAUAUUGAUUUAGACAAAAGUUCUACAGAUAUGAUAAAUCAAUAUACUGGUGACGGGCAGAAAGUUAAAAAAAAAUGUCACAGGAAAUUAAAAAAACCUGAUGUUUCCAAUAAAAUUAAUGUGAAGGCCCAUGAUGUUUGGUCUGUCUUACGUAAUAUUAACAAAUUUCCAUUCAGGCCAACACCCUCCAUGUCACAAGACAGUUAUGUGUCUCUCAAGAAAGGAAAAAAUAAAAAUAGGCGUCACAUCAACCAAAAAGAUGCUAGGUAUAUUGAAACCUGUAGAACAGAGGAAUUUGCAUAUAUUUCAAGUUUUAUUGAUGAAGAUCCAUUUCAAAAUGCUCAUUCUCAAUCGAGUAUAGAUAGAAUAACUGUUAUUAGUCGGCAAGACGAUUAUCAAGAAAUGAACAAAGUUUUCAACAACAAAUUAUCCAACCAGCCCACAAUUGGUGGUAAAAAGAAUAUCAGAUCAAAUAAUGCAACAAAACUACAGAAAAAGCGAAUAAAGAAAAGUGAUACAAAGAUUAAAAUCGAUGAAAAUAAGGGUGACAAAACUGUUUGUCAUGAUAAAUUAGAUGUAGAAACAACCUCAAAUGAACGCAUACAUAUCCAACGCGAUGAAAAUUAUGAACAAAAUGAAAAAAAGAAUCCCACCGAUACUUCUAUUAUUAAUAAUAACUGUUUAUUACAAAAGAAAUCGAUUGUAAGUCAAUUUCAAUCAAACGUAAAUAAUAAUUAUAAGAAAUUUAUUUCACCGGACUAUUCAGAAUCGAGUAAAUGUAAUUUGAGUAAUAAAAUAUUCACCAUAACAGAUACAAAUAAUUUUGGAAAAUGUAACAGUGAAGAGCAUCAAGAUGUGACGGGCAUUACAAAAGUUGUUUUGAGUAAAGGUCAAAAGAUACUUUUAACUAAGCAAUUAGAUGCGGUAAAACGAAAACCUCGCUUGACAACAACUUUACCUAAUAACUCAAUAAUGUCCAAGUUGACACAAACAGAAAUAAAAAGACGACUCUCUUGUAUUAGAUUUCCUUUAAUAAUCCUGGGUAAAGACCAAGUAAGCUCUAGCUUUAAAGUAGAAACCUAUGAUCCACCCCAAUUUGAAGGCUUAAAUGAACAUAUAUGGCCAUUUAUGAAAAAAUGGUUUCAAAAAAACACAUGUGAUAUUUUUGAAAAUGAUAUUAAAGAAAGUUUUUCAACAAACAAUUGUAACAACAUUAAAUGUAACACUAAUAAAUUUUCUAUAAACAACAACUAUACUAGUAACAAUCGUCACGAUAUGAGUACAUCUCUUAGAGAUAAAAUGAUCGAUCCAUCAAUGGCCGUUAGGACAAAGAAAAACACCAGCAGCGUAAAGGAGCCUUUAAUACAAAAAAUAAAACCUAUGAGCAAAGUUAAAAAUAAAAUGAUGACUCUUAUCCACAAAAAAUCUGAUUCUAAAAUUUAUGCUAAAAUAAAUAGUAUUAAUAUAGAUUCUCAGGACGCACCAUCUAUUGCUAUCGAUAUUGGAACCAACACUCAAAAUAGUUUAACAAUGGCAAAACAAUCGAAUACAAUUUUAAAAAAGGAUGAAAGUAAUAACAGGACUUCCUAUAAUAAAAGCUAUCAAUGGGCUAAACGAAAAUGGACUAGUGACUUUAUUGAUAAUAUUAUAAAAAAAAUAAAAAGUGGAGUUUAUUUUUAUCAGGAAGAGGAGUUCCAGAAGCGUAAGAAUGUAAUGGAAGAAUCUGCACAAACAGAAACAGUUGUUAAUGAAAGUUGUGAAAGUUCCCUGGAAGCUGAGAAUAUUGGUCCAAUUGUUCUUCCUGGAUUCGACGAUAGACUAUCGGACUUGGAAAUUGAGACUGUCACGAAUUUAAAUCAAAUAGCUGUCAAACAUUGUGUCACAAACACUGUCAUUCAAUUCGAUAUCGCAUUAAAACGAGAAAUUAAUUAUGUACAGAUAAAUAAAUCCUUUUCUUGUAUUCCUCUGGAGGAAACAGAUAAUUUAAAGAUAUUUAAAUGUAAGACGACUAUUAUUAAUGCUGUACUUCCAGCUGAGCUUUGUACAGUAUUGCCAAAUCUUAUGCAGAAAAUCUUGAAGAGUAAUUGUCAAGUAGCAUUUCCAAUACCAUCUAUAGAAAAAGUAGACAACCAUUUACCACCGAUAACCGAAAUUACUCAAUGUGAGAGUCUUCAUGCGAUAAAGCAUUUUAUUCCGAAACAAAUUGCCGGAACAUCAGAUGAAAGAACUUUUGAACACGGAGAGUUUCCCAAAAUAUCACCUGUAUCGGUUAUAAAGAAUAUUGUUAAAGACAAUAUAAAAUGGAUGUCUAAAUCAAUGCUUGACUUGAUGAAAGCUCAAGACAUAUUGAUGCAUAUUCAAAUGAAUUUACUAAAAAAUUCAUUAACGGAACCCCCGAUAUCUGCGUCUAUUUUAAGCUUUAAUUCAUCAACCACACCUAAAUCCAGUAAUAGCGACUUUAAAAGUCUAAAAGAGCCUAAUUGUCUAACGGUACAACCUUAUAUGGUUACAAAUAAAAAAGUAUAUCCUGCUUUUAAGAAAAUUAAUUUUAUGAGUUUGGCGGAGUCUUUAUUGUGUCAUCAAUUUUUAAAUAUAAAUAUAAAUACACCACUUAUUAAAAAUUUCAAAAUUAUAGUCCACAAUGAUCAUAACAUUAGUAUUAGGAUAGAAACUAAUAUAAAAGAAACUACACGUAUCAAUUAUAUUAUAUCAAAUGUACAGAGUAAUUCAAUCUAUAAUGGUAUUAAACGUCGUGUAAAAGAGACAGAAAAUAAAGCCUUAGCCUGUAUUUUGGAUAAAAAUACUGCUAUUUCUGAGCUAAGACGUACAGACAAACGAAAACCACGAAGACCAUCUGAAUGUUGUGGAAGCAAUAAGAGAAGAGGUUUUAUUAAGCUCUAUAAAAAAUGUAAAUCAAUGUCAAGUUUACACAAUGAGCGUUCCAGUACGGCUUUAAAUAAAAUUACCAAUUUAGAUGAGUUCCUCCUUGCUCUGGGAUCGUCGAAAGCAUUAUCUAGCGUUUUAGAUGGAAAUUUGGAAAAAAAGAUAAUAUUUGCAAUAAAUGAGAUGAAAAAUUGGACCACCGAUAUAACACCUAGACAGGCUCUACUCGUUUUGUUACUGGCAAACAAAAAGGAUACAUCCAAUUUGAUACGAUACCGACCAAUAAUUCUUCAAGGUAUUGCCGUGAACAGAAUCACACGGAGUAUGGAGUUGGAUAUGGAAAUUGAAGUUAUCGAAAGAGAAAAUUUUAAUGGCUUGCCAAAGUACGAUGGAAUCACCUAUUUACCUGCAUCUGGUGAAAAUCAAGACAAUCUUUUUGAAGAACUUUGCUGGAUAGCGAAAACGACGGCGUCGGAUUAUCAAAAGAUCUUCGAUGAAACGUCCGAAAAAUAUCUGAAAUCUUUACUGGAAAAAAGGAAAAAAUUGAAUCCCUCCUAUCUAAGAGUUAUGGCGAGAUAUAUUGGUCUAGGACUUCUAAAGAAUCCUAAA